AGCCCCACCCUGCCCCACCCUGACUCCCCCCAGACAUCUAGGGCUCCGGGAGAAAGGGAGCCAUAGGGAGUCAGGCCCCCUAUAGAGCCAGACUGACCUUGGCCUUCUGGCUCUUGUGGAUCCAGACCGCCCCACUUGGCCUUCGAUCCAGCUACGUCAGCAUUGGAAGACCAGACGAGUUCAACUAACCUUUGCCAUCAGGGCUUCGUCCAUCCAGACCCCAGGAAUCGGGCUCUGCCUCCUCUCCAACAAGGUACCUUCCACAGGAACCAGACCGCCCUUGGCUGUUGGUCCUUGCAGGACCAAGCACCCAGUCUGAGGCUGCCCUCCCCCCUCCCCCUUCUGAGAUCAGCCCAGGCAUCUCCAUUUGAGACAGACAGCCAUAGUGGGAAAGCCAGACAGCUGAAUGUGAGGAGGGUACCUCUGUGGGCCUAUCCCUACUCCCCACACUGGCUCACUGUGACAUCUGAAGAGAACUCGAAAGAUAGGCAAGUUGACUGUGUCCUUGUGGGGGCCAAGAUGAGCUUGAGAAGGACACUGUCUAGUUCUCAGAUGUCCUCUUCCAACAAAUAUGGAGACCGCUUCAUUCCCUUCAGAACUGAAGCCAAAUGGAACCUGACGUUCCAUAGAUCUAACAACCCCGAGAAAUCAUUUACGGCAGAAGAUACAGGGGCCAGUGGCCAAAGUGGGCUCGUCUACUCUGCCUUGCUGGAGAAUGAGCUGCUGGGAGGUGGGAUCCGAAGACUGCAGAACCAAACCUCCAGCCCACAGGAGGAGAAUCUCUUCACAUAUACUCCCAGCGCUAAGCGCUGGAGACCUGAUGACAGUCACAAAGUCUCGCCAUAUUCCUUAUCCUCCAUCAGCAACCAAAGCCAGGUAUUACUAUCUUCUCCGGCGAAAUCCCACAGAAAAAUCUCCAAUUUCCCGUUCAAAAUCCUUGAAGCCCCAAAUCUAAGAGAUGAUUUUAAUCUAAAUCUGCUAGACUGGUCUUCCCUCGAUGUAAUCACUGUGGGUUUGGGCACUUCUGUUUACCUCUGGGGUGCCAGGCCAGGCCAGAUAACCAGACUCUGUGACUUGUCUCUGGAAGAAGAUAUUGUGACCUCUGUGAGCUGUUCGGAGAGGGGGAAACUGGUAGGAGUUGGCACACAAAAAGGUUUUGUACAGAUCUGGGACAUAAUGGUGGGGAAGAAACUGCUCACCAUGGGAGGCCACAGAGACAGAGUUGGUGCACUGGCCUGGAACGCGGACCAGAUUUCUUCUGGGAGCAGAGAUACGAGGAUCCUCCAGAGAGAUAUCCGGGCAUCACCACAGCAGUCUCAACGGAGUCUGCUAGGUCACAUUCAGGAAGUGUGUGGGCUGAAGUGGUCCAUAAAUCACCAGCUUCUAGCCUCUGGUGGAAAUGACAAGAAGCUUCUGAUCUGGAACCAUUCUAGCGAAAAGCCUCUCCAGCAGUACACCAAUCAUAAGACAACCGUGAAAGCCAUUACAUGGUCUCCUCACCAGCAUGGCCUGCUAGCAUUGAAUGGUGGGAAAAGUAGCCAUGGCAUCCAGUUCUGGGACACGUUGACAGGACAUCGUCUCAAAUACAUCGAUACGGGUUCUCAUGUGUGCAACCUGGCCUGGUCCAAAAAUGACAAUGAGCUGGUGAGCACUCAUGGCUACAAGGAAAACGAGAUCAUCCUCUGGAAAUACCCUUCCCUGACACAAAUAGCCAAACUCACAGGUCAUUCCCGCCGAGUUUUACAUCUGGCAAUGUCCCCUGAUGGAGAAUCGAUAAUCACAGGGGCUGGAGAUAGGACCCUUCGAUUUUGGAAUGUUUUUCCCAAAACCCAUUCAGCAAACGAAUGUGCAUCUGUCCUUAAUCUCUUCACUAGCAUUCGGUAGCUUCCCAACCUUACACACCAGGAGCACCAUCAUCAAAACAAACGCCCUAAUUUAAAUAAUCAAACUUGGAAGCUAGAAGGGAGAGGUCAAUGAGGAAGCAGAUCUGGAAGAAUCUCUGCGAUUCUUAAUAAAUUCCUAAUUGAA